GACAUUCAAGACUACUGCGACGGCAAGGGCAGCUGCGUCGACAAGUACUCGUCGUCAUCCACGGUCUGCCGGCCCUCCAAGGGCCAAUGUGAUGUCCCCGAAACGUGUACGGGCUCCAGCGGUGCGUGCCCGGACAAUGCGUUCGCGUCGACGGCCAUGACGUGCACGGGAUCCUGCAACGGCAACCCAUGCGACGGUGUCGACCACUGCGACGGGAAUGGCAACUGUAUCGACGUGUACCUCCCAUCGUCGACCGUCUGCCGAAAGGCGGCGAGCGGCUGCGAUAUUGCCGAGACCUGUACCGGCGAGUCGGGCCAAUGCCCAAUGGACAAGUUUGAGCCGACGACGACGAAGUGCUCAGGGACGUGCAACGACAACCCAUGCGACGCUCAGGACUACUGUGACGGCAACGGCAGUUGUGUCGACAAGUAUUUGCCGUCGGGUGCCGUUUGCGGUAACACCAAGGCGGGUCCGUGUACGAUCGCAGCGACGUGCACGGGCGACAUGGGGUUCUGCCCGCCCGAUGAAUACGCCGACUCGUCGGUCACGUGCGCUGGCACGAGCCAAGGUGGUGCCUGCGACGGCAAGGACACCUGCGACGGAGAAGGAAACUGCGUCGAUCGCUUCUUGGGCGGCAAAGUUGUGUGCCAGAAGCCCACCGGCUACUCGCGUCCGAUCUACUGCAACGGCAAGAGCGCAACGUGCCCCGUGUCGAGCUUUUUGGAAGGCAACCUGCGCGAGAUGACGGCCGACGACCCGACGCCGGUGCAGUCGAUGCUCGUGGCCGUGGCGCCGUCGUCGCCCAUGGUGCUCCUUGGCCUCGUCUGUGUCGUCGCUGCUGCCGUCGCCAUGGUCACGAUGCGCCAGCGCCGCGACGAGCUCGCGCUGGACGACGCCACGUACAAGCUCUUGGCGACGCACGAAGACGCAUCGGCCGCCUUUUGAAGUCGCGGUGACGACCUUGCAUACUGUACGACUACAUGGUUAGCAACAAUACAACUUGUACUUUUGGUUGCUAAAAAGAAGUGAAAAAUCGCCUUGGAGUGCGUCAGGAGAGACGCGUGGAGGGCUUUCGACGGA